GUGCCAAAGGUUCAGCAUAUAUAGCUGAAGACAGCAAAUAGAUGCUCUCUUUUUGAGCAGGGUUCUGACAAGCUGCCUUUCUCAUUACCCCUCACUGGCAGCACUUUCAGGCACGAAAUUUAAAACAUGGUAAAGCUGAAGCUGCCCAAUCCUGGCCUGGAGGACAGGAUACCUUCCCAUGCUGAACUUGAAGUCCUUGAGAAAGAAGAGGCAGACUCCAGACCAAAAUGGGACAACAAGGCACAGUAUAUGCUGACGUGUGUAGGGUUUUGUGUGGGCUUAGGAAAUGUCUGGAGGUUCCCGUAUCUCUGCCAGAGCCAUGGAGGAGGAGCUUUCAUGAUCCCUUUCCUGAUUUUGCUAGUCCUGGAGGGCAUCCCCCUGCUUCAUCUUGAGUUUGCCAUUGGUCAAAGGCUGAGGAAAGGCAGUGUGGGAGUAUGGAGUUCUAUCCACCCUACCCUGAAAGGGGUUGGCAUAGCAUCAAUGUUUGUGUCUUUCCUGGUGGGCUUAUAUUAUAAUACUAUUAUUGCCUGGGUGAUGUGGUAUUUCUUCAACUCCUUCCAAGAACCCCUGCCAUGGAAUAACUGUCCUCUCAAUGACAACAGAACAGAUUAUGUAGAAGAGUGUGCCAAGAGCUCUCCUGUAGAUUACUUCUGGUACAGAGAAACACUGAACAUCUCCACCUCCAUUGAGGAUUCUGGCAGUAUCCAGUGGUGGCUACUGCUGUGUUUAACAUGUGCAUGGGGUGUGCUGUACGUGUGCACAAUCAGAGGCAUUGAAACAACAGGAAAGGCUGUGUAUGUGACAUCAACCCUCCCGUACUUGGUGCUUACCAUUUUCCUGAUCCGCGGCUUGACGCUGAAGGGAUCUACCAAUGGAAUUGUGUAUCUCUUCACCCCUAAUGUUAGUGAGCUGGCGAACCCCGUGACGUGGCUGGAUGCAGGAGCUCAGGUGUUUUACUCCUUCUCCCUGGCUUUUGGAGGCCUCAUUUCAUUCUCCAGUUACAACUCUGUUCACAACAACUGUGAGAAAGAUGCUUUGAUCGUUUCAGUGAUCAAUGGUUUCACAUCCAUCUAUGCCGCCACUGUCAUAUACUCCAUCAUUGGAUUCAGAGCCACAGCAAGAUAUGAUGACUGCUUUGACAAAAAUAUUCUUACUCUGAUGAAUGCAUUCGAUUUGCCAGAAGGUAACGUAACCCAAGAUAACUUUGAACAAAUGCAGCAGCUGUGCAACAUGACUGAUCCAGCAACUUUUGCAAGCCUCAAGUUUGAAACCUGUGAUCUGGAAACCUUCCUGAAUGAUGGAGCUGAAGGAACUGGCCUAGCCUUUAUUGUCUUCACUGAAGCCAUCACCAAAAUGCCCGUCUCACCUUUGUGGUCCAUUCUCUUCUUCAUCAUGCUCUUCUGCUUGGGUUUGUCAUCUAUGUUUGGAAACAUGGAAGGGGUGCUUGUACCUUUACAAGAUCUCAAGAUUUUACCCCCAAGAGUGCCUAAAGAACUUGUAACUGGUCUCAUUUGUUUGGUGUGUUAUUUCAUAGCUUUCAUUUUUGUGCUGAAUUCUGGUAAUUACUGGCUGAGUCUAUUUGAUGGUUAUGCUGGCUCUAUUCCCCUGCUGAUAAUUGCAUUUUGUGAGAUGUUUUCAGUCGUCUACAUUUAUGGAAUAGACAGGUUUAACAAGGAUAUUGAGUUCAUGAUUGGACACAAGCCCAACAUUUUCUGGCAGGUUACCUGGAGACUCGUCAGUCCCCUCAUUAUGUUAGUUAUCUUUAUCUUUUAUUUUGUGGUGAAAGUCAACCAAGAACUGCUCUACAGUGUUUGGGACCCUAACUAUGAGGAGUUCCCCAAAACAGAGAAGACUGAAUAUCCCCCCUGGGUGUACGCUGUCAUUGUAAUCCUCGCCGGGGUGCCCAGUUUGACCAUCCCUACCUUUGCCAUCUACAAAGCCAUCAGGAACCGCUGCCAGAAAAAAAAUGAUCAUGCUGGCCUUAUUGCUACAUCUGAGACCUCCAUUAAUGGGAACUUAAAAUAUUCAUCAUAAAACCAUUUUUUUUCAAAUGUGGAAGGAUGCCCUGUCAGUGAGGAAAGUAAAAAAAAAUAUAUUUUUUAAGAAUGCAGUUAGUUUUAUUUUCAUGAAAGGAUAACCAUGUGCUGUUUUCAGGUAAACAUUUGUGUAACAAUGCAAUGCACUGUGAAGAGUUGAUGGCCUGACUUCUGGAAGCAAAAAAAGUGACAUUUGCAAGUGAUUGGGGCACCAGGCCAAAUAAUUUGUCCUCUUUCAGGUUCUGAAGCCAGUUUGUUUGAAACUGGCUUCUAUCCCCUGUGCUUGGGGAUGAACUGUGCAUGAAGUGACUCUUCCAUGUGUAAUCAUUCUGGUUGGGUGGCCAAUAUGAAGGGUAACUUAAUGCUGUCCUCUCUUGCACAUUAAAUUGUUUUUACUUUACAUGCCACUGUGUUGCACAAAGCCACUAAUAUUAUUUGUGUCAUAGAGAAGUUUAAAAUAUUUAAUAAAAACGUUUCUAAGUAUAAGAA